AUGUGCUUGGCUGGGAGGAAUUCAAACCUGAACUCGUGGGAGUCCAAAUACCCAAUGUCACGAGCAAGUCUUACAGUAAAUGACACGGAGGAAGUCCAUACAUAGCGUGAGAGCAGAGAUCUUCCCCUCAGCAUUAAAUCACGGUUUAAUUAUGUAGAAAUGUCUGACUCAUACCUUGCCCUCAUGAAGGAGGACCUCCUUCUCCUAACCCCUUUAUAAGGGCACAAAUCUUGCUCCUGUUCAGAAUUUGAUCGAAAAGAACUUGCUUGAGUUUUUAUUUAUUAUUUAUAUUUCAUCCUUAUCAAGCUAUUUAUUUAAAAUUUAUUCAUUAUUUAUUUUCUUACAAGAGCUCCUCAACCUUUUUUCCCAAAUGUUUUUAUUUCCAUGCACAUCUUUCUCCUACCUGUCCUCUUUUCUUUUAAUCAUUCCACUUCCUUUCUCUCUGUCAUUUUAUCUCACUGACUCCAACCCACUUUUAUCAUUUAAUAAUCAAGUCAGAGAGGGGCAUCUCUACACAGAUAACCACAGAAGAGGCAUGUAUCUGCAGAUGACCCUGGAUGGGCGAGUGUCAGGGAGUGCUGUUCAGACACCUUACAGUGUGCUGCAGCUGAAAUCAGUUAAACCAGGUCAUAUAGCCAUCAAGGGACAGUCGUCAUCCCUGUUUCUCUGUGUGGACAGUGGAGGCCGCUUGAGGGGGCAGAGCUUCUAUGCAGAGGCUGACUGCACCUUCCAAGAGCUGCUGCUGGCAGACGGAUACACCCGUUUCCUUUCCUCGCACCAUGGAUUUCCUUUGUCUCUGGCCUCGAGACAAUCCCCAGAUCGUCACGCAGUCCCCUUCACUCGAUUCCUACCGCUGAGGAAUACCCUGACAGGGGAGAGUGUGUCUGAACAACCACCAAACAGUCAGAGAUAUUUCAACGUGGACUCUGAUGACCUCCUUGGAAUGGGCCUAAAUUCUAUGGGAAGUCCUCAGUUCUCAAUGGACACAUAGAGAAUAUUAACUGCACAGAUAUUUAACUGUAUAUGCUCCUUUUAAAAAAUGUAUUUUUCUUUGACCAGGUAGAACCUGCGGACUUGAUUUUGUUAUGAGAUGAGCAGCUUGGUCUUUUUGGUUCUUAAUGUGAAGGUCAUAUUAUUUUAACUUAUUUAUUUAUUGUGUGUGUGUGAUGUAUUUCUAGUGGUUAUUUAAAGAAACUUGACUACAGCCUCUGAGAUUUUAUGGUCAGUAGUUUGAGAGCAUGUUUGUGUUUGAGGACAAAAUGUCCCAUGUUGCCACAUCAUAUUGAUAUGUUUUGGUACGUGAGGCUUUUGGAGUUUGUCUGAAUCAAAAAUCUGGAAAGUCCAGUAAGCGCUUGUUUGUAUUACUCAAGUGUGUUUAUCAGACUGGAGAGAAGUUUGGAAUGAAAAUAAACAUGAUAUAAAUUUCA